AUGAAAAUCGUUCGUCGUGGUGUCACUGAGGUCAACAGCAUUUGUAACUACUAUCAACUGCCCAUCGACGAUAUCAAGUUGCAUAUUCAAUUGUUUAAGCAAUCGAAUGGAUAUCGACCGUUUCUGUUCAAUCAAACUGUGGAUUAUUGCGGCUAUAUGCGCAACAUGGAUUCGCAGCCAUUAUUUCACGCUUUUUACAAGACUUGGAUAACGACCACAAACUUCAAUCACAGUUGUCCGUUCAAUCACGCUAUUGUUGUUAAGAACUUGAAAUACAACGGUAAUCAUAUAAUGAAUAACUUGCCCAUGCCCAAUGGAGAAUACAUGGUGGCUAUCAAAACCUUUACCUCGCCUCGUUGGCGCAGUGAAUACAAAGUCUAUGUAACAAAAACUGAUUGA